AUGUUGGUCAUGACAGCACGAUCAGCACAGACAUCCAGGCCAGCACAUGACAGCAGAGAGCCGCGUAUCACCUCGACUCGUAUCGAGCAACAUCUCAAGACUUGGGCAACCCAAGGUGUAUUUGGUCAUUUCAAACCACUUUCUGAUUCGCCUUUGCCAACAUGGCUCCACAUAGAUUCAAGUGCUUCGGGGAACAUUGCCCCUAUUGUUGGUGCGGAACCUUCAGAAGUUAAUGUCAUGCAGACUUUAACUGCCAAUUUGCACCUCAUCAUGUCCGCAUUUUACAAGCCCGAUGUCAAUGGGAUUCAAUUUUACACAGGUCAAUUAUUCGACAUACCCCUCAUUACACGCAGAGCUCGUGAUUGCGGCAUAUUUGUCAUUUGGGAUCUCGCUCACGCAAUUGGAAAUGUCCCACUCUACCUUCAUGAUUGGGACGUCGAUGCAGCCGCAUGGUGCACUUACAAAUAUCUAAAUGCGGGACCGGGGUGCAUUGGUGGAAUGUUUAUUCAUGACAAGCACACACGAGUCCCUGAUUCAUCACAAAACACUGAUGCAGGUCCUGGGUUCCUGAAUAGAUUAAGUGGUUGGUGGGGUAAUGACAAAGACACGAGAUUCGCCAUGAAGAAUCGCUUCGUGCCGAUAGCCGGCGCUGCGGGAUUUCAAUUGAGCAAUCCAAGUGUGCUAGAUAUUACAAGUCUGAAUGCAUCAUUGGAGGUGUUCAAACUUGCCGGCGGAAUGGAAGUGUUGAGGGCUAAAUCCAUGAAGGUCACUGCUUAUUUGGAGGACUUACUUCUAGAUACAACGAUCUACGAACAAGGAAGAUUUUCGAUUAUCACGCCACAGGAUAGGGAACAGAGAGGGGCUCAGCUGAGUCUGCAGUUGGCCGAUGGAUUGUUGGAUGUGGUUAUGAAAGAGCUGGAGUUGCGUGGGGUGGUCGUGGAUGAGAGACAACCAAACGUGAUAAGAGUGGCGCCAGCUCCUCUUUACAACAGUUUCGAGGAUGUAUGGAAGUUUGUGGCUGCGUUCAAAGCAGCAAUGGAUAUUUCUUGGAAGGCAAAUCUUGGAGAAGUGUCUGCUAAGGGCACACGGGAACUGGAGAUGACUUCAUGA